AUGCUCAAUGACAAUGACUCUCCCAUGAGAAGAGGACACAAUGACUCCUACCUGAUCACUCGCUCCCGCGCUGGCUCUGUCAACACACCGAAUCAUACCAAUGCGGUCACGACCAGCGCGUUUCAACCUCAAAGGCCCGAGGUGAAGCCCUCGGCGAAACCCGAGACGAAAUUCGAGGUCAAGGCCGAUUAUGGUCAAUUGAAGAAGGAUAUCCCUGGCCUGGCGGCUGCCGCUGCCCAUGCCGCGGUCCCUAGUUGGACAACCAUGAUCCUAAUGGUCUCCCUCAUAUUUGGUGGCUGUUGUGCAAAUGUCUUUGCGCUGGAGGCGAUUAUCAAAGAGCAACCUACUGCCGGUCCUUUGAUUACUUUUGCGCAAUUCGUGGUUUGCGCACUAUUCACCCUCCCAAGUUUUCUUUCCUUCUCGGCUGGACCACAGGCACUAUUCAUCAGUGCUCGCGCGAUCCCUUUGAAGUCUUGGGUGGUAUAUACAGCCUACUUUGUGACGGUGAACCUCUUGAACAAUUGGGCAUUCGCAUACAAGAUCUCCGUGCCGCUGCAUAUCAUCCUGCGGUCUGCUGGGCCUGUAGCUUCCAUGGUGAUUGGUUAUAUUUAUAAUGGCAAACGCUACUCCCGAGGUCAGAUCGCUUCGGUGGGCAUGUUGACUGUGGGUGUGGCAGCCGCCGCAUUAGCCGAUGCCCAGUCCAAAGGAUUGUCAAUCGAGUCGUCUGAUAGCGACGUCGAUAUGAUGACCACUGUGAAAGGUUUCACCAUCCUGGUUCUGGCAAUGAUUUUGUCCGCGUUCCAGGGAAUCUAUGCGGAUCGCCUGUAUGCCACUUACGGCAGGGAUCAUUGGAAGGAGGCCCUCUUCUACUCGCACACGCUUUCGCUGCCUAUAUUCCUUACGAGCUACUCGCAGCUGGCGUUGCAGUGGAAGGUGGUAGCUUCUUCGCCAUCUGUGCUGUCUCAUCUCAACCGUGAUGUCUUGUUAGACUCGUCUGUGUCGAGUUCCAUGAAGAAUACUGCAUUCUCGGUCCUGGGUCAAAUCCAACAUCACCCGUCUAUUCAGUCUAUACUGGAACAGCUCCCAGUUCAAGUGGCUUAUUUGAUCAUGAAUGCUCUGACGCAGUAUUUGUGCAUUCGGGGUGUUCACCUUUUAUCCGCCAAGUCGUCGUCGUUGACUGUCACCAUCUUUUUGAACAUCCGCAAGCUGGUGUCCCUUCUCUUGUCCAUUUAUCUAUUUGGAAACCACCUGGCUGGUGGUGUCUUGGCUGGAGCAGCACUGGUCUUUGUUGGCGGUGGUCUGUAUGGCUUUGAGGGUGCUCGUCUACGAAGUGCGACUAAGAAGACUCAAUGA